AACGAUUUAUCUUCGUCUACGAGCGCACCCAUGCAUCUAAGCCCCAUUCUACUGGUGACACUGAUCACUAUUCUUGCCUGGAACAGUGUUCUUGUGGCGGCGACUGAGAAGACUAUCGCUUCACUUGUAGACCACGUUACAGGCACAGGCUACGAUGGCGUCAACCAGGGGAGAUUUCGUAGGACGGCCAGCGCAAACAACAACGUCGCUGGUGCAGCAGAUUCGCUUGCUUUGGACGAAAGGGCUAAUCCGAUAACUUCCUUUCUGAAGGAGAUUCCCAAUAAGAUCCCUUUGUCUUGGAAGACUACCUGGUGGCUUGAUCGAUACAAGUCGGUAGACUUCGUCGAGGAAAAGCUGGGUAUGAAGGGUUUGACAAACGCUGAAAAAUUGGUCCACAAGAACUACAAUCGUUUGGAAAGAUAUUCCAAAAAGCUCAAGGAGAACAUUAUAUGGAGGGCUAUCCGCAGGGACGUCAGCACAUACAGAGUGUGGGACGAUUUGGGCCUCAAUCAGAAGACAACGCUACAUCCAACGACAACAACGUGGAGUAAGGUACCAGACGAAGAAAUUCUUGCUCAGCUGGCAAAAAUCCAGAAAACCGAGGCAUUUAAGGAGUACAAACAGUAUGCUGUUGCAUACGACGCCUACAAAGUCAGCCUGUUUGGCUCGGGCUACUACCGCCCUACUGUGUUUUUCGACAAGAACGCCACACCGCUGGAAAAGAUGGCAAGAAUUCAAAUUUGGGUGGAAACAAAAAGACCCACAGUGUAUGUGAAGGAGUUUUUGGGUUUGCAGCAUGCGAAGGCGGACAAGCUCCGAAACGACCGAUUUUACCAAUUCUACUCGAGGGAACUGACGAAGGCGGGCGUCAGUGGUUAUUAA